UUUCAUUUUUAUUGACCGAAAGUAAAAUGUUAUGCACCAAGACGUUUUGCAGUUGGCGUAAUGAAGUACAUGGAAAAUUAAUGAUCUGGAGUUUCCUUUACUUAUAUAGAGUUUAGAAUAAAAUGCUGCCGCUAGACGUGAAUGCCAGUGUGUAAAGUAAAACAAAAUGUCAUUUAGUAAAUUGAUGUUUCUUGCGCUCAUUUUGUAUUCUGUGGUUUUAAUAAAUGGCAAUUCAAAUAUAUCAUUCGUAAACACCUUACACAAGUUGAUCCAAAAGAACGAUCGCCGAUUAAGAGUUAUAAGGGAUUUGUAUUCACCAAAGCACUCUGCGCUAAGCUACAGAAGUUCAGAUAAAAAACGAUUGGCAUUACCAGAGGAAAAAGAAGAGAAACCGGUUCUAGUUGUUGUUAUGCUUAAUGCUGUUCCCGUCAGUCCAACAAGUUCUGUAUACGAAGGCAUGUCAAUAGAAUUAGAUGAUAAUAUUAACACAUCUGUCAAAUAUCUCAAUGGAAUUCCAACUAACGUAGAACAAGGUACAUUUGAGCACGAAGAAAUGGAAUCAAGAGUUAAAAAAUUCACAGCCAAAGCGAUCGAUAGGCACGUUGACGAAUUGAAAAUUCAAGGCAUUGGAAUGAAUUUACCAGGAUCUCUAAAACAGAAAGGCAAUAUUAGAAAACUUAAAGUUAAUCCCGAAAACGAACCCAUGAAUUCUUUCUCUGCUUUAGUGCCUAAUCUAAAACCUAAAUUACUACUCAAUUCAGCAUUUGAUUCCAAACUUCAAUUUAAAGUUAUUGGAGUACCAACUAAGGUUAAGAAUACUUCAAUUUUACAAAUUCUUGACAAUAAAACUGGGCAAGAUCUAGUUGAUGAUAUUAAAAAACAAAAUGACGUUAAAAAAGAUACUGAUGAGGACGACGUUGACUAUACACAACUUGAAGGUGCCUUGCAAGGAUUUCAACUAAAUUCGAAACAGAAAGAUGCACUUAGGAAAAGCUGGCGAGGUGCUUGUGAUAAACAAUCUGCCAAAAAAUGCAUAAAAGCGUGUAAAAAGAGUGCUGCUACCAUAGAUAAAGAGAAAGAUUUCAAAAAAAUAUUGAAAAGAGAAUGUAAAAGAAGUUGCAGGGCAAUGUUUAUUGAAGAUAAAGGUGAGUCUGAUAAAGAAUCAGGAUCUGAUUGUAAUUGAUCUCUUGUCUCAUUAAGUAAAUGAAAAUAUAUCACACUAGUGCGGGUAAGUACA